UCUCUUCUUCAGACUCUUGGCAGGAAGCAGCCUAGUGAAUCUCAGUAUGAAAGAAAAACUAUUUGAGCGUGUAUGUAACAGUUUGGUCCUCUCCUCCCACUUCACUCCACCCAUGAAAUGAGUGGAGGACAGUAAGAAAACUAGCAGAGCUUUACUACUGUUGCUAUGCUCAAGUCUUGUCAGGACCUGUAUUGCCGGAGAGGAGGGAAGGCAAGGUGUUGUGUAUGUAAUUCGGUUCUUUCUCAUUGGUACUAUGAAAGAGAUGGACAAUUCUUCUGUAAGAAAGAUUACUGGUCAAGAUUUGGGGAGCAAUGCCACGGCUGCUCAGAGUCUAUCACCACCGGUCUCAUUAUGGUAGCUGGGAAGCAUAAAUACCAUCCCGAGUGUUUUCUCUGUGAAAGCUGUGGCAUGGUUAUUGGAGAUGGUGAUUCUUUCACUCUAGUGGAUAAUGCCAAUUUAUACUGCGGACAAUGUGGACAUCAGAAGGUGUCAAUGCAACACUCUGCAGCAAAAUGUUCACGGCUUUCUCAUACUGUGACAUCGAUGUCAUUUCCUCCUUCUGCAGAAAGCAGACGACGUUUAUCCUUCACGGUAGAGCAGAAGGACGCAAGCCCUUUGAUCACUGUAUCUCAAGUGGACAUGCACAACCUGAGCCCUGAAGUUAAGCCUUUGAUCCAUGUUGGAGACAGCAUUCUUGAGAUCAAUGGAAUUUCUGUCCAGAACAUUCCACUCAAUGAGAUAGAUCAGUUGAUUCAUGAUACAGAGCACUGGUUACAAAUCACAAUUGAACAUGAUCCUAAAGAACUCACAAAACAAGAAGACUUAUCUGGCCUACUGGGAGAAGAACUGGACCAGCCUGGAAAACUAGGUUUCUUUCCCCUUUCCAGCAGCAGUCAAAUAAGCCCUAGAUCCAGAAAUAUUCUGCGCAGCUGCAGCAUUGAUAAAGGUCCAUGCUCACAACGGCAUGCUGCACUUCUUUCCCAUAGAAGAGACAUUAAUCGAUCAGAGUCUCUGCGUUUUGACCCCACUGACAAAACACAACGUAUCUUCCGACCCUCUGACCUCAUAUACGGUGAAGUUUUGGGUAAAGGUUGUUUUGGACAAGCCAUAAAGGUGACGCAUUCGGAAACAGGUGAGGUCAUGGUGAUUAAGGAACUUCUUCAGUUCGAUGAAGAGACUCAGAAGACAUUCUUGAAAGAGGUCAAAGUUAUGAGAUGCCUAGAGCAUCCUAAUGUCUUAAAGUUUAUCGGCAUUCUCUACAAAGACAAACGACUGAACCUGAUCACUGAGUAUGUGCAAGGAGGAACGCUGAGGGACACCAUCCAGAAAAAGGAUCACACUUGGAAAGUUAGAGUGAGCUAUGCCAAGGACAUUGCCGCUGGAAUGGCUUACCUUCAUUCAAUGAAUGUCAUUCAUCGGGAUCUGAACUCACACAACUGCUUUGUCCAAGAGAACCAAACAGUGGUAGUUGCAGACUUUGGUUUGGCCCGGCUUGUAAAGGAAGAAAAGAGCUCCUCUCCUGGACAAGUGUCCAAACUGAACAAGCUUGGUCGUAAAAAACGGUAUACGGUGGUGGGCAACCCCUAUUGGAUGGCACCAGAAAUGAUCCAAGGAAAAAUCUACGAUGAACAUGUUGACAUUUUCUCAUUUGGGAUUGUCGUUUGUGAGAUUAUUGGAAGAGUAUAUGCCGAUCCGGAUGACCUCCCUCGCACACAGGAGUAUGGACUGAAUGUGAAUGAAUUUUUGAAGCGAUGCUGGUCCAAAGAUUGCCCUCCGGCUUUCUUUCCCAUUGCGGUUCUUUGCUGUGCCUUGGAGGCUGAAAAACGUCCCAGUUUUGCUAAAUUAGAGGAGUGGCUGGAGAACCUAAUGAUGCACAUGGAGAUUCGACUUCCUUUGAUGUCAGAACUAGAUAAAAUCCGCCAAACGUUUUGGGAGAACCACAGCCAGUCAAAACAAAUUUAUGGGAUUCCAUCUGCGAAACAGAUGGAGAAUUCAGCCUUAGGCAGAAGCUGAAAUUUCAUGUGAUCUGUGGGCGGUUGAACAAAAGACUAGUCUUACAAGUUCAUCUGUUACGUUAAAACCUAGAUUUUAUUAUUUUGAAUCAGAAAAAUCAAGCAUAGUGUCAGUUCUGGCAGUCCACGUUAGUCAAGCUAGCGUCAGCUGACUCUCAGUUGAUCCAUGUCUACCUAUAGGAAUGCAACAACUAUAACAGCACUCAUAUAUAAGGUCCUUCAGUAUUAUCACCAGCUUUCACGUUGCUCAAUAGCUAAUUACCCACCUCCAUCCCCAACUCCUCCUCUCGUCAGUCAGGAUUCAGCCUUUUGAGGCUCAUUGAAUCAGACUAAGAUCUUAAAUGUUACAUAAAAUUUUGAACCUUAAUGAUAUCUACAUUCAUGUUUGUUAUGUUCUGUUUAACAUGGGGGGUUAUUGCUGCUCUCCCUGCUCUUAUCCAUUCUAGGCUGCUAGAAUAGAACCUUUCCUCCAAUCCAAACUGUACGCUAACUGUGAGUCAUCUUUGACUAUAGUGGUCCUCCUGACAGAAAUAAGACUCAUUACCCUUUGCUAACUGCUAGUUGGUCAGACUAGUUCUUAAGACAAAAUCUUAACACCGAGGCUUAGGUUAUGCAACUGACCCCAGAUCAUGUAUGAAUGUGGUUAAAUACUUUUUCUGAGCCAUUUUUGCAGUGACCCUUACUUUUUUCCCCUUAGUAUUCAAUUUUCAUAUUUUGCUAUG